AUGGACGCGGGGGAUGAAGACGGCGGCGAUGUGGGGGUAACGAGAGAGGACGCGGCAAUCCUGAUGACGCUGAAGCACGGGACGAAGCGGAAGCGACGACGCGCGGGCUCAACAUGCGAGCACGGUCGUCAGCGCCACAGGUGCAAGGAGUGCGGUGGAUCUCAAAUCUGCGAGCACGGUCGUCGCCGCUCUAGGUGCAAGGAGUGCGGUGGGUCUGAAAUCUGCGAGCACGGCCGUCAGCGCUCUCAGUGCAAGGAGUGCGGUGGUGGUGGAAUCUGCGAGCACGGUCGUCAGCGCACACAGUGCAAGGAGUGCGGUGGGGUCUCAAUCUGCGAGCACGGUCGUCGGCGCACACAGUGCAAGGAGUGCGGUGGGGGCUCAAUCUGCGAGCACCGUCGUCGGCGCUCUGAGUGCAAGGAGUGCGGUGGGUCUGGAAUCUGCGAGCACGGUCGUCGACGCUCUACAUGCAAAGAAUGCGGCGGGUCUCAAAUCUGCGAGCACGCUCGUCAGCGUCGUCAUUGCAAGGAGUGCGGUGGUGCAUCAAUCUGCAAGCACGGUCGUGAGCGGUCAAAGUGCAAGGAGUGCGGUGGGUCUCAAAUCUGCGAGCACGGUCGUCGGCGCUCUCGGUGCAAGGAGUGCGGCGGGUCUGGAAUCUGCGAGCACGGUCGUCGACGCGACGGGUGCAGAGAGUGUCUCGCGGCAAAGGCUCUAACGGGGUGA